AUGGCCGGUUCUCAGGGACUGCUGACCUUCAGCGAUGUGGCCAUAGAAUUCUCUGAGGAAGAGUGGAGAUGCCUGACCCACAGUCAGUGGCAACUGUACCUGGAUGUGAUGUUGGAGAACUAUGGACACCUCCUCUUCUUGGGUCUCCUUCUGUCAAAGCCAGACCUGAUCAUGUUUUUGGAGCAAGAGAAGCAGCUCUGGGAUGUGAAGAGAAAGGAGACCAGAGGCUUCCAUCCAGGUAGGUGGGAAUGA